AUGGCUAUUCCCCUUCCGCGGGUUUCCGGCGGCUUCCUGUGGUGGAUUCCGGGCAGGGAGAGCAUUCUGAAAUCACAUCACUGUUCCAAUCUUUAUUUCAAAGUCCGCUUCUGGGAGAACCCAACCAAAGACCACAGAGAAGCUGUGGAAGAGCUGAGAGGCCCGGGGAACAAGCAUGUAGCGUGUACCACCCUACUGCGCCUGCGUGAGUGCUCCAGCUGCAGUGAUAGUGGAGAUGAGGGUCGGGGAGGCCUAGAGGCUCCCCCUCCUUCUGGACCCAGAGCGGCAGCUCAGCAAUACUGUGGCCCCCGGGGCAUGACCGCAGGCUGGGCGGGGCUUUUCCCCCAAGCAGAGGAAGUACAGCGAGAGAGGCCCAGGGCCCCGGUUGGACCAGCUGAGGUAAAAAUUUUAAAGCUUAUUCAUGGGGACGUGGUGUCAGCAGUCCUCAUGGUUCAGCUGUGGGCCUCAGUUUGGGCCUCGCCACCUGAGGUCGUGGUGGUAGAAGAGGUCCGAGCCCUGGUUGAGCAGCGGGUCUUCAUGCUGCAUGGGGCCGCGAGGUGGGACCUUCAUGCCAUUUCACCCAGCAUCCACCCUUGUCCCCAGGACCUGCCUCCUGAUGCCGUCUGCAGCCUUCACCCUCCUCUCGUUUCCUGUGCCUCACAGAGGUGUCCAAGUUGA